UUGGAACUUGGAGCUUUAUAUCGACCCGAUCCAUAUCCAUAUCUGCCACCAUCACCAUCUAGGGUUCAGUUCUGGUUUCAGUGUUUCUUCCCCUUUUCGAUUUUUCAAUUCUGCUCGAUGGAGAUUUCAGUCCGAAUCGUGGUGUUUCUCUAAUUCCCAAUUGCUGCUUCCCCCCAGAACAAUUUGAAGACUGAUCACGCUUCCGGCAACUGUUAAUCAAAGACGCAUGCACAACAAGUUUGGUUGGUUCGACUAAUGUAGACUGAAGUAGCGGGCGGACUACAACGGAUUUCGUAAUGGCAGGCAGUGGCCUGCCAUCUUUGGGUCGAGUGAAGCUCUCUGAUUUAGUUCCUUCGGAAGGGAUACCGUCGGAGAUCUAUAAAAUAUCAGUUUCAAUUUUGUCGCAGUCACUAGCUCAGUUUUCGGCUGUCAUUAUUGAGUUUCCGGCAAGUGAUGGGGCUCUUCUAAGAUCUGGUUUAGAAUCUGCUCGCCUGUAUUUCCAUCAAAGAGAAACGUAUCCACCUGCAGAUAUAUUGCAUACUAGUGAGUCUCGUGAGUGGUGCAAAACAUCUGGAUAUUACGCAGAUCCUCAUUUAUGGCAAGAAACCUAUGAUUAUAGACCAGGUUUAUCUCCUUCAGAACCGAACAACUCAAUUGAGAUUCCUCCGGCAGGUUUGCCAGAUAUAUUUGCUUUAUUUGGAAAAGCAGCAAGGCUAAUUCUAGAUGCAGUUAGCUUCCAUUUGAAUUUGCGCAGCCAUCCAUUCACAGAGAUACUGGAUAAUAUUCCCCUGAGGAAUAGGGAAAUUUCAUCUUCAGUCUUGUCUGUUUGCUGUCAUGCAAGGCCAUCAUUUCAGGGGACACAACAUCAUAAUAUUGCUGCUCAAGAGGAUAGCCAAUUGAUGAUGUAUCCUGACCAUGAUCACCAAGUUGACAAAAGUCUGAUAUCUCUUGUUAAGUCCGAUAGGGCAGGUUUAUAUGUAAAGGACUUUCAAGGUCGGUGGAUUCUUGUGGAUGGAGAUCUGGGGCCUCAAGAAGCUAUUGUUUAUCCUGGGCUUGCUCUCUAUCAAGCAGCUGCAGGAUAUGUAAACCCUGCAUUGCACAAAACAGAGAUUAAUAUGGAGGCUAAUAUGUACGGGCGAUGUUCUUUAGCUUUCAAACUUUUGCCUAAAUCAAUGACCAGUCUUGAUUGUUCAGAAAUGAGAGCAGCAGGUUAUGGAAUUGAAGCCCAGUUCCAGCUUCCUGUUCCGGUCGACGAUUUUAUGCAAAGAUCUCAUCCAACUGAUCAUCUCUUUAACAAGCCGGGUUUCCAGUGCUUCAAUAUCCAACCAACACAUGAUGGAUCUAUGAAGACUUUGAUGAGGAGGAAGAAGCAAAAUCCUCAAAGCAAACCUCUGCCACCUUCCAAGAGGUUAAGACUUGAGGCACAGAGGGUUUUAAAAGAAAGGGUCCAAGACAUUGCAGAUAAGAAAGGCAUCAAGCUGCGAUUCUGUAAUCUCAAGGAUUGUGAAAGUCACAUUCUCACCCUGGAUAGCCCAUGUGCAAAUAUACGAAUGGAGAUAGGGUGGCCACCCGGAGUACCAUUUGUCCAUCCCCAUGAUUUGCCUAAUAAGGCAAAGCUUGGUUUUCUUGAGGCUUAUGAACCGGGUUGGACAGAAGCUCAUCAAAACACAGACAGGCUAGUCAACACUCAGAUAACUUUAACUGAAUCAGUCCCCCUGAUUCCCGACCUAUGGGAAACAUGUGAUCAGGAUGUGCAUGUCUUAUGAGGAUGGCGUAUAGUUCUCAGUGGGUCUCUGAACCUAUUUGUGUCCAGUUUUUGGAAAUUCAUGCCUGCUCGCAGCUCUUUAUUAUGCCAUCGCACAGCUUUUGAAGUAAAUGAUAGCAAGACAAGUGAUGCUUUGAUUUCUGUAGAUGUGAUAUUAUAGAUGUCUUAGAACCUUAGGAUUCUGAGACACCAAUCGAAACCAAAAUGAAGCGUGUACUUGAAUGCUCUAGCUGAUGGAGGUCUUACUAUCCCGUGACAAAAUGAAGAGAAGACAACAGGUGCCAGAUUAACAGCACAGUUGCCAGCUUCUCAUACUUGGUUAUAAAUGUGCACAUAUAAUCUAUUUCCACCUGGAGGGACAGGUCUGCAACAAGUUUAUGUGUAACUUUUUGUCCUUAUGUCAAGCUGAAAGAAAGUAAUUCAAACUGUGUAAACAAGAUAGCUUCAUAUGGUAAGAUAGCAUUGCAGCAUUCCUUGUCAGUUUAGUUUUUUCCUUAAUUGUGAAGCUGGAUUUCGUUACAAUGCUAUGUGAAGCUGUAGCUUGAAAUGUUUAUGCUGUGUAAUUGUUACUGUAAAAUCAUAGGUGGUGCACAUAAUCUUUCAUGAGUAAAUUAUACA